AUGCUGUUGAUCCUCGUUUCGGCCCGACUUGCGCUCGCCUGGGGCGCAUUGGGCCACCAGCUCACCGGCCAGAUUGCCACCGCCUAUCUGUCCAAAGAGGCCAAAGAGGCCGUCGAUGCCCUGCUUCCUGCCCGAUGGUACGGCAACCUCUCCCGCGCUUGCACCUGGGCCGAUGAGAUCAAGGGUCGCCGCUACUACGCCUGGUCGUCCAAGCUCCACUACAUUGAUUGCCAAGUCGACAUGCAUGCCCGCAUAUGCUCCGUCGACCUGGACCGCGACUGUCGCAACGGAGCCUGCAUCGUCGGCGCCAUCUAUAACUAUACCGAGCGCCUUGAUCCUGGAAACGGCUACCCGCUGGACCAGCAGGCCGAGGCCCUGCGUUUCUUGAUCCACUUUGUUGGCGACAUGGCCCAGCCCUUGCAUGCCAGCGGAAUCUAUCGAGGCGGCAACGACUGGCACGUCAUCUUUGACAACCGAACCUCUCACUUGAAUGGCAUGAGCAUCAAGCGACCGUACAAUAUGCACUCCAUCUGGGACUCGUCCAUAAUGGAGAAGGACAUUCGUGAGCACCACGGCGGACAAGUGUCCAACUAUAUCAAAUCCAUUAUGUAUGACUUGGAGUACGGCCAGUGGGAAGACGAAAAGUACGACUGGAUCGAGUGCAAGUCGCCCUAUGUGACCCGCUCGGGUCGCUCGACUCCAGCCUGCGCUGUCGAAUGGGCCAAGAUCAGCAAUGCCCUCAACUGCGAGACCGUCUGGGUCGGUGUUGAGCCGCGGGACAAGGUGGACUUGGGCGGCGAGUACUAUCGUCGCAACGCCCCGAUCCUCCGCAAAACCAUCGCCCAGGGCGGCAUCCGCAUGGCGGCUCUGCUCAACUCGCUGUUUGCCAAUGAGUCCGACGAUGCCGAAACCUGGUUCCAGCCCGGCCGCUUUCUCAUCGUCCAGUGA